AUGGCCGCGGACUUCCAGCAGAAGGCCGAAGCCGCGGACUUUCCUGAGAUCGAGGGCCAGAGAACUUUCCUUUCCGCAAUUGAUAAUAUUAACCAGGAUCCAGACAUCUUACCCAAUAUCACUCUUGGCUUCCAUCUAUAUGACUCAUGGUUGGAACCCAGGAAGGCUGUACAGAGUGUUCUGCAGAUCUUAUCUGGACCCAAUGGGAAAAUUCCUAAUUAUUCCUGUAAAGGAGAAGGCAAGCUGGCCGGUGUUAUUGGAGAUCAACAUUCAUCCACUACAAUCCCAAUCGCCCAAAUCCUUGGACUGUACAGAUACACACAGUUGCAUAAAUAUGUGAAACAAAUAAAAAAUCCAUAUACGACGGCAGACAGAAUGACCUUCUUUGAUGAAAAUGGUGAAUUUCCUUUCCACUACAAAAUAAUAAAUACGGUGAAGUCUUUCCGCCUGUUUACGGUACAUAAUACUGAUGUUGGUUUGUACACACCAUGGGCUAAAGAAGAAGACCAACUUCAUAUUAACUCCAACAAUAUAACAUGGAAUGAAGACAACAAUACGAAGCUGGAAUCUAAGUGUGUGGACUCUUGUUUGCCCGGAUACAGAAAAAAGCCAGGAACUUCAAUCCACUCUUGCUGCUAUGACUGUGUCCCAUGUUCAGAAGGGCAGAUAUCCAAUAAGACUGACAGUGAAAACUGCAUGAAAUGUCCUGAUGAAGAAUGGCCAAAUGAGAAGAAGGAUCGUUGUGUUCCAAGAGUGAUGGAAUUUCUCUCCUACACUGAUGAUCCCAUUGUUGCAGUAUUUUCAUCUCUCUCCAUCCUCUGUUGUGUUCUGACUGGUUUAAUAUUGGGGAUAUUUAUACAUUACCGGGACACCCCCAUUGUUAAAGCCAAUAACCGGGACCUGAGCUAUCUUCUCCUGGUCUCCAUCAUGCUGAGCUUCCUCUGUGUCUUCUUGUUCCUCGGCCAUCCAGUAGAUGUGACCUGCAUGCUGCGUGUCACCUCUUUUGGUGUCAUCUUUUCAGUUGCCGUCUCUUCUCUACUUGCCAAAAGUAUCAUGGUGUGUAUUGCUUUUAAAGCCACCAAACCUGGGAGUCCCUGGAGGAAAUGGAUGGGAGCCAAGCUGCCCAAUUAUAUAUUUGCUGUGUUCUCACUGGUUCAAGUCAUAAUCUGUGUCACUUGGUUGUCCAUUUCUCCACCAUUCCAGGAUCGAGACACUCACUCUUAUCAGGGGAAGAUCAUCAUUCAGUGUAAUGAGGGUUCAGUUAUCGGCUUCUACUCUGUCCUGGGAUAUAUGGGGCUUCUGGCAGCUGUGAGUUUCAUUAUCGCCUUUUUAGCCAGGACAUUACCAGACAGUUUUAAUGAGGCCAAGUACAUCACCUUCAGCAUGCUGGUGUUCUGCAGUGUCUGGAUUGCCAUGAUCCCGGCCUAUCUGAGCACCAGAGGGAAAUACAUGGUGGCUGUGGAGGUUUUUGCAAUAAUAACCUCAAGUAUUGGACUUCUUGGCUGUAUAUUUUUCCCAAAAUGUUACAUAAUUCUGUUCAGACCUGACCUGAAUAAAAAAAUAGUUAUCCGCUAAUAUGUAUGGAGCAACACUGGGUUACCAAUAGUUAUACCAUUAUCUCUAGUAUUGUUAUUUUUCAUACUUUGCUAGUGUAUUGAGAAUGAACACUGUUAAAUUUGGACAUUUAGGCCCAGAUUCACGUACAGCGGCGUAUCUUUG